CAAGCCUGGCUGUACCCGAAGCGGGCUAGGAAUUCCGGACUCUCGCGCUUCAUAGUCGCAGAGGCACAAGACGUGCUUGGGAGGGAGGUUCGAAUUACCUAUGCUUACGUCCAGGAACGGAACAAGAAUGAGUCCUGAGUGAGGAGGGGGCUUUUCUCUCUUUUUUGUUAAUAACUUUCUCAUUCCAUUCCCAGCCCUUGACCACUUGUCCGUCAUGGACCUCGCCCGUACCUGCUCCAGCUUCCAGUCAGACCUGGAUUUCUGUCCUGAUUGCGGCUCAGUCCUGCCUCUGCCAGGAUCUCAGGAUACAGUCACCUGUACUCGCUGUGGCUUCUCCAUCAACGUGCGAGACUUCGAAGGGAAGGUUGUGAAAACCUCAGUCGUGUUACACAAACUAGGGACAACCAUGCCUAUGUCGAUGGAGGAAGGACCUGAAUUCCAGGGACCCGUGGUUGACAGGCGCUGCUCUCGCUGUGGUCAUGAGGGAAUGGCAUACCACACCAGACAGAUGCGUUCAGCCGAUGAAGGGCAGACUGUCUUCUACACCUGUACCAACUGCAAGUUCCAGGAGAAGGAAGACUCUUGAUUUUUUAUUUUCUGGGCAACUCAACUAUCCCUCCCUCUCCUCUUCCUUAGAAGGUGAAGGAUAUUGGGUUCCUAGAUCCUUGUCCAUCCUCUGGUUGCAAUAUUUGCUUCCAGAGGAGAAGCAGAUCAUCAUGUGGGGAUUACCAUUGUGCCCAGAGUGCUCCUAUUCCUAGUUGAGUUUUCCUAUUAAAACUAUAUUUUACAAUAAGACCCAGGCAUAUGAGUAUUAAUUAUAAUUUGUCUUGUUCCAGAUGUAAUUUAAAUGAGCUUAUAGAGAUAUAGUUGUUCUUUCAACAAAUAUAGCAGCUACAAAAAGAUGUAGAUUAGUAGAUGAGAAACAGAAAAAAAA